AUGGCAACGUACUGGGCGAGGCGCCAGUUUUUGGGGCUCGUGCUGCUCUCUGUACAGGUUCGGCGGUUGGAAAGCAAACUGACAAGGUUCUCUUCAGAAGAUGAUCUUUUGAACUUGUCUAAAGAAGGCCACAGCCUCUCUGACUCUCAUGUUCGAGAAAAUCAGCAUGUAGUCCAUGACAGCAGAACAUACGAGACCUGGCCCUCUGCCCGCCGUGAUGCCCUCCCUGUGGCUGAAUCAACUGUCUUUAUAUCAUACAUCCCAGGCAGGCAGUCCCGCUGGGUACACGGUCACAUGAUGUUUGUUCACAGCCCACUGAGGACAGUGUCGGUGGUAGAGCCAGGUGGGCCAGGCGGCUGUAAGAGGAACCACAGGGUGACAGUGCAGGAGACGGCGGAGGUUGCUGGGUGUAUGUACGCUCUGAAUGCUGGUUUCUUCAAUACCACUACUGAUGGUUGUCUGGGCAAUGUGGUGAGCAAUGGCAAGCUGGUGCGGGACAGCCAGGGAGUGCAGAACGCCCAGUUUGGUAUCAGGAAGGAUGGCAGCCUUGUGUUUGGGUAUCUGUCCCAGGGUGAUGUCCUGGAUCAGGCAAACCCGUUUGUGCAGCUGGUCAGCGGUGUGGUGUGGCUGCUGAGGAAUGGAGAGGUUUACAUCAACCAGAGCCUGGAGGCAGAGUGCAACAAGUUGGUUGACCAGGAGUUGUUCCGAGAUUUUGUGGACGUGCUGUCUGGGAGGACGGUGGUGGGUCACGACAUCCAGGGCAACCUGAUCCUGUUUCAUGUGGAUGGACAGACCAAUGAAAGAGGCAUGAAUCUCUGGGAAGUGGCCGAGUUCCUGAAGAAAAACGGCGUGAUCAAUGCCAUCAAUCUGGACGGAGGCGGGUCUUCCAGCUUUGUUAUCAACGGCACAUUGGCCAGCUAUCCACCAGACAAAUGUAAAUCAGACAACAGAUGGCGCUGUGCCCGCCCUGUCUCAACCGUCUUGUGCAUUCACCAGCGGCGAUGUCAGCCAGAAAACUGCAGCGGACAUGGAGAGUGUGUUAACGGAUGCUGUCGAUGUCAGGAGGGCUGGAAAGGAGACGCCUGUGACUCUUUAGUGUGUCAGCAGGCCGACUGUGAACCCCACGGUGUGUGUACAGACGGUGGGUGUGUCUGUGAUGCAGGAUGGACAGGAAAGAACUGCAGUGAAGCAUGUCCUCCCGGUUUCUACGGCCCGUCCUGUUCUGAAAGGUGUCAAUGUGACGAUCAGUGUCUGUGCAACCUGCUGACAAGAAACAGUUCCUCCAACAUCGACACAGACUGGCAUUUGUCUAAAAAGUUGUUGCAUUUAUGGAAACAGCAGGAGGAGGCACACAAAGACAGGCUUUAUACAGCAGAGUAA